UUCACUACUCAAGAGAUAUCCAGACAACAUUGAAGCAACAAAGCCAACCUAGAAUCACCAACCAUUUGCGACCGUAACCAAUCAUCAUAUUCAUCAAAUCCAAUAAGACAAAAUGUGGCAAAAUUGGAGAUUUGCAUUCGCCCGGCUAUUUGUGUUGGUCUUGUUGUUUGCCAUCGUGCCACAGCCACAUGUGAUGGCAGCACAGACCACCAAUAUGGCACAAUUGCAACAGGCAACGUCAUCACAGCAACAUCAGCAGCAGCCACAACAACACCACCAACAACAGACCUCGACAUCUCAACAACAUGUCCCUCAUGCUCCAGCUCCUAUUAAUACAAAAUCAAAUCGUCAAUCAGUAUCGACACACCCAGGCAGCAGUUCUGGAAGUUCAAGUGGUGGCCAUAAUUUGGGCCUCUCCUCAGCCAUGCCACAGAGUUUAAACGCUGCAACAUUGUUGUCUAAUACAGUUGGCCCAGCAUCUGUAACAUCAUCAUCAUCCACAUCGCAGUCUGCAUCGUCUUCAGUGGGAACAGUUCAUUUGCCUGUGGGCCAAUAUGUGGUUAACGACAAGGAUGCUGCUGUUCAAGAAGUUCUGAAGCAUUUUUCAGCAGCUGCUGCUGCUGCAGCGGCAGCUUCCGUUGACGAUGAUCUGGGAGAGUCUUAUCAAAUAAUAAACGAUUUAAAACGGGAAGUUAAUCCCAUAUUGAUUGCUCCGGCUCAAGGGCCCCAGAACCUGCCCACACCACCACCGCCAGCACCUCCACCUUCUUCAUCAGUUCCUCUAUCAAAUGGUGGCAGUGCACCCAACUACCCUUGGAACAUGUUCGAAAGACCAUCAUUCUACAAUGCAAUGUCACUGCCACCGAUAUCACCAAUGGCAGCUCUUUUCCCACACCUCUUCAAUCCUUUUGACAGUUAUCAUCCCUCUCCAUUUCCGGUAACGCCACGCUUUAUGCCCUUCAUGAGCUAUGCCCAACCGAUUUUGGUGCCCUAUCCCUUUUAUAUGGCUCCAGAAAUGUUUUAUCCUGGAUUUUCAGCUCCCUCUGUCCCCAUAGCCAACGAAUAUGAAGAUGCUAUGUCUAGGGGUGCUGGCUCAUCCCGGAGACCCGCUUCACCUUCUUCCUCGAACUCCCACACAUCCUCAUCUGGUUAUCCUCGUAAUUCUCCCAUCUAUUAUGUUCGUUUGCCACCCACGCCCUAUAUGUUUUUACCCGGUUUGGGCUUGGGAACUGCCACUGCCUCAGCUGGAUAUCCAACCAUGUUACCUUAUCAAUCGUUGCCCUCAUUUCCUCCCUUCUCACCGGUUUUCAAUGUCCCCAUUAACUUUUUAGCCAAUGGUAAACCUGGAAAUGUCUAUCAAAUUGGUGGUUCACCCAAUGAUUUGCAGUUUCCCAAUGUACCCCCGAAUUAUCCUAGCCGUGUCUCGUCAGGCCUCCCAUCGCCUCCACCCCCGCCACCCACACAUCCAUUUAACAAUGGUGGUUACAGGCCAACCACAUCCACCCACAAUUAUUUCAAUGCACCUCCCAGCUCUGGGCCCUCACACAACUAUGCAUCGUUUUCACCUUCGUCGCCACCUGCAGCACCACCAUCCAUGCAGCAUCAACAAGAUUCCAAGUUGACUUCAUUAAAACGUCCAUAUUUUUUCAACGGUCGUCCAGAAGACAUCUAUAUUCUACCAAAUAAUUUCAAUCCAAUGUACUCCAACGAAAAUAGCUACUAUUAGAGAAGAAAAAGCGAGA